CCAGCAUACAGCCGUUCUAGGGACAGUUGUUUAUUAAUCUGGGGUUGAAGGCCAGUCCAGCACUGUCCCCAGUCACCAGGUUAAUUAGGCCUGACAUCCCUGGGCUAGAAGACCUGCUUCCCUGCCAUAGCCUCCGUGCUUUGAGGAGGCCCUAGUUCAGGACCAUGUUCUUGUCUUCGUCACUUCCUGUCCUUCUUCUGUGUAUGAUGACAGCGGCCAGCGCAGAUAAAGAAGCCUUGAGUGAGGCCCAGAGGACAUGCCCGGUGGUGACCUGUGCCCUCCCGGGCAGAGAUGGGCGAGAUGGACUCAAGGGAGAAAAGGGCGAACCAGGGCAAGGGCUCAGAGGCUUGCAGGGCCCUCCAGGGAAAGUGGGACCUCCGGGAAACACAGGGGCUCCCGGGGCUCCAGGACUAAAGGGCCACAAAGGAGACCGUGGAGACAGUUCAGUUGCUGAGACCAGGCUGGCUAGCCUAGAGAGGGAGAUAAGGAGCCUGAAAUCAGAACUGGGCCACAUCAAAAACUUGCAAACCUUCUCCUUGGGCAAAAAGACUGGAAAGAAGCUCUACGUGAGCAACGGCGAAAAGAUGUCUUUUUCUAAAGUGAAGGCUCUGUGUGCCGAGCUCCAGGCCACUGUGGCCACCCCUAAGAGUGCUGAGGAGAACAAAGCCAUCCAAGAUGUGGCCAAGGAAGAGGCCUUCCUGGGCAUCACGGACAAGGUGACCGAAGGCCACUUCAUGUAUGUGACCGGAGGGAGCCUGGUCUACAGCAACUGGAGGAAGAAUGAGCCAAACAACCACGGCUCGGGGGAGGACUGUGUGAUCCUCCUCCAGGAUGGGUUCUGGAAUGACAUCUCCUGCGAGUCCUCCUUCCUGGCCGUCUGUGAACUCCCAGCCUGAUGAGGCAGCUUCCUCAGCCCCCUCCCGGCAUUCCUGCUGUGCUCUCUGCUGCCCUGAAAGAGAAUUCAUGGUCCCCUUUCCCAGGCC